ACGAGCAUUGUCGUUGUAAUAUCAUAAUACUAGCCUGAUAACCGAGCUACCGAGAAACUUGCACUCUGGCCCUGACUGGCGACCGUAGUGAUGUCCCUGAGCUGCUACUGGAUGUGAUAAUGAUGACAAAUGGUGCGCCUGAAGAAUAGGUACCUGCUUGUGGAGGUAGACUACAAAGACAACAAGCUUGACGAAUCCUUCAACGAGCUAGCGAUCCUCACCGCUAUCAGAGAAUCUGUCGCCGUCAACUUUGGGGAUUAUGGUCUGGGCUGCAACCUCUCGAGCCUGCAAGUGAAGUACUACAGCCCCUUCACGGGCACAUGCAUCGUACGGUGCGCAACGUCCGAGAAUGAGCGGGUGGUGACGUCCCUGGCCCUCAUGACGGAGGUGAAGGGCCGGCCGGCGGCUCUCCGGCUACUGCGCAUUGCUGGCACUCUGGGCGCUUGUAAGGACGCGGCGGCGGCGCACAGCGCAGCUCGCCUGCCGCAGCUCAAGCUGGCGCCUCGGCAGCAGCAGGCCGCGGAGCAACUGCACGCAGGCAUCAGCGCCCUGGAGCUGUGAGCUUUGUCGCAGGGCUGCGGGUGCACGAGGUAGAAAGGCAGGAAUGAACCCACGUGGCCAGGACGAUCCUGAUUGAGGAGGAUGGGCUGGCAGAAUUUUGCGCUUUACGAGGAAAUCGUGCCAGACGCACAGAUUAUAGUCCAGGGGAAUGGCUACUGGGCUCGCACGUCAGCUGGCCGCUGAAGCUGACGCUCGUACCUGGAGCUGCGGGACCCCAUUACUGCGGCGGCGCACCCGGCACAGUGGCACUCCUCACUGCAACAGCGUCUGUGCACAGCAGGGGAGGGUGCACAACGCCGGGCGGGCCAUGCCGUCCUUUGACCUUGACGACAUGCGUCAUCACCGAAGAUUUCAACUAAAGCUGUAUUAAAUACUCCACGACUUUCCCUUACGGGACAAUAAAUAAAUUUGUCCCCUUCGGGAUUUUAUGUGUACCUCUGACAACAAGGAAGUGGCUGCCUUAGGGAGGCAGGAAAAGGGCUGAUCCCGGGUCGUUAUCAACCCAGCCACCUUGACGCGGGCGCCUACUAAGCACACGCCUCUAUGUUGGGGGCCUUUGGCAUCCCCGCAAAUCCGGACGUGGCCGGUUGGGUGGGGUGCACAGUCCGUGCUAACCCGCAGCUAACAAACUAGUCACGUCACUCGCCGCCAAUCGACACGUGCACCCUCGGCCCCACGCCCUGCUAGCGCCGUUCAGGCUCCCCUCUCUCGUCUCGGCGCCGCUUCGGUGCCAUGGCUGGUCCGGACGCGUCCACUGGGGGUUGCGCCCGGACCAGGAAGAAAGAGGCGUGAGAGCGAGCCGCUACAGAAAUGGACAACGGUGACAGGCUCUUUAUGACGGCUCGCCGUCUGCUGUGUCUUUGUAGCACAUUUACCACGUACAGAAGUCAUACUGCGCAAAGCCAUGGCUUGCUUUUCGGGCAACCUCGCGAAAGUCAAUUGUCCAUGGACGUGCGAAGGCACCUCUCGCUCCGCACCGCACCUCUGACAAAAAGGGGUCGCGUCGUGGGCAGCAAUAGGCAGUAGCAACCGGAAGUGCAUGUAAGCAAGCCGAACG